CGCCUCUGUCACUACGCGCACCCGUGUUGGAGCUAAUCUACUGUGUGUUGGGGCAACAUUGCAGUUGAGGUUGAUCACUUUAUAAUGUUUUGCUGAAUCGGAUCGCACAUUUCUCAUCUUUAAUCCAUCACUCAAAUACAGAAAUUGCAAACAUGCUGCGCGUCUGUUGGAAAGGGGCUCAUGCAGCGGCGCGGCAAUGUGUGUGUGGUAAAGUGACGGCCCAUCCAUUACAGCACUGCCGCAGAUACACCACUGCCGGAGACUCCGGAUCUACUGCUGGGAAAAUAGUGGCUGCCAGUCUUUUAACAGUCGGUGGAGGUCUUGGUGGUACAAUCCUUUAUGCUAAAUGGGACCCUAAAUUUCGGACAAAUGUAGAGAAAAGUGUUCCUUACUCUGAUCAGCUGUUUGAGAUGACACUUGGCCCACCACCUCCUCCAUUCGUCCCAAUACAAAAGAAACUGGGAAAGCUUGAACCCCUGCAGAUAUCCUCAUUACCAGAAGUCACCAAGGAAUCAAAGCAGCCCAAAGCUAAAGGGAAGAAGCCUGAUCCAGCACCAGUGGAAGCUCCACAUGCUGUGGAGAAAGCUCCAGCAUCAACCACACAGACACUAGAGGAAGCCUCCGCCUCAGUGGCUCAUAUUAUUUCAGCUAUCAGCGAUGUGCCUUCUAUGCCCGCGCCAGGUACAAGCGAUGAUACCCAACCUGAACGCCCAGUCUCAACCCCCCCAGCAGCUGAAGAGUGUGCUCAUCAUGAGCCUGUGCUGAAGGAGAGACCAGCAGAGGAAGUGACCGCUCGACUGGCUGAACGGGACAAAGCUGAGCAGGAUGCUCUGACAGCUCUGACUGCUGGACUGGAGGAAACUUUGGGCAGCUCAGCAAAGGUCACGCUGCAGGCCAUCGGAGCUCAGGAGGCUGCACUGACCGCCAUCGCAGCACACACACACAAACUCAAAGAGGCCAUGGACUCACAGACCCCUCCUGAUGAGAAGUCAGCUCAGUGGAGAGCAUUGAAUGAGGCUCUUAGUGAUAGGACCCAAUCUGUGGAUGAAGCUGGAGAAGCCCUACACCAAGCCAAAAAAGAGCUCGAGAAACUUCGUGGAGUGAUCAACAGCGCUAAAGAAUCCAAGAUUGACGCAGCGAGGCCGCAGAUCCUGGCCGCAGAGGAGAACUUGCACAGCAUGAUUGUGGAUCUGGAUAACGUUGUAACCAAGGUGCAGACGGCGCAGUCGGAGGCGAUGAUCGUAUCUCAGUACAGUGAGCUGGUGAACGAGGCCAAAGCUCAGUUCCAAAAGGAGCUUGCCAGCAUCACACCUGAGAUCCAAGCCAACUGGAAAGGACUCACGGGAAAGCUGAGCACAGAUGAUCUGAACUCUCUGAUCGCUCACGCUCACCGGCGCAUCGAUCAGAUGAACCGCGAGCUGGCAGAGCAGAGGGUGAGAGAGCAGAUCCACAUUGAGAUUGCUCUAGAGCAGCAGAAGCUGGAGAAUCAGAAAGCUCUAGAGAGAACCGUGAUCUCUGCAGUAGAGCACAGCCGUGAAGACAUGAGACUCGAGCAGGAGAAGAAGGUGCAGGAAAUGCGUGAGGUGAUGGAGGCUGAGAUGAGGACACAACUGCGUCGUCAGGCUGCUGCACACACAGAUCACCUUCGUGACGUGCUGAAGGUGCAGGAACAAGAGCUACGAGAAGAGGCCCAGGAGAUUCUGAACAGUAAGAUGAUGGAGCAGGAGACUCUUUACCGCAGACUGACUCAAGAACAGUUGGACACCUUCACUCUGGACAUGAAUGCCGCUUACGCCCGGCUGAAGGGCAUUGAAGAAGCCAUAGACAGUCAUGUGAUUGCUGAAGAGGAGGCACGUAAAGCUCACAAGCUGUGGCUGUCUGUGGAGGCUUUGAACUACACUCUCAAAUCAGCAGGCGCUGAUUCCCCCACCGAGCCUUUAGAGGGCGCUGUACAUGCCAUUAAGGAGAGCUGUGCAGAAAAUGAGUUUGCUCAGGUGUUGGCCACUUCCGUUCCCGAAGAGUCUCUAAGCCGAGGGAUCUACAGUGAAGCUUCUCUUCGAGCACGUUUCUACGACAUCCGCCGGCUCGCACGACGCGUGGCACUUAUUGACGAAACGCGCAACAGCCUUUACCAGUACUUCCUGUCGUAUCUACAGUCCUUACUUUUGUUUGAGAGUGAGCAGUUAGUGCCACCUGCUAAACUAGCAUCUGAAGGUCUCGACACAUUUAAGCUGCUUGCCUACGCUACUUAUAGCAUCGAGCGCGGCGACCUGGAACUUGCCGCUAAAUUCAUCAACCAACUGCGUGGCGAGUCACGCCGUGUGGCGCAGGACUGGCUCAAAGAAGCCCGGCUCACACUAGAAACAAAGCAGGUUAUCAGCCUGCUAUCAGCAUAUGCUAAUGCUGUGGGAUUGGGCACCACACAGGCCCCUUAGCCACACCCUCUGUUCACCACACCCACUUUGUGGAGAUUAUGUAAAUUAUGAGGAGUCACUUGCCCAAUAUUAAAAGAAUCAUUCAACCAAAUAAUGAAAAUUCUGUCAUCAUUUACUCACCCUGCUGUCGUUCCAAACAUUUUUUUUUACCAUAAAAGUAGUCCAUACAACUUGAGCAAUAUACACGUUUUCCAAAAAUUGUGUGAAUUUAAGUAGUUAUUCCUGAAC